GAUAUCGGGAGCACACUGAGCACCCAAUUGACUCAACCUGUCAGAUCAUUUAGAGCAUCGACUGCAAAAAGGCUGUAAGUAUCAUCACAAUUCUGUAUGGCAUUAUUCAGCAGUGCCCGCCUUCUUGUAAACCAUGGACAGUAAUGAAAACUUAUGUUGAUUCACUGAGCUACUGUUGAAUGAAAAACAGGCCUGUAUCAGCAUAGCAUCGCCCUCGUUGGCCAUCGCAUAGCACAUGUGGUGUGUCAUCUGAAGCGCGUUCGUCUCAGGCUCUCAACGUUGAAGACACGCGCCAAGUGUUGAGCACACAUCAGGAAUAUCCUCUGUUCACGUCCACAUAGACGCGUCUCCUAGGAGGCACAGAUGCACGAGGAGCGGGAUACGCCGGCCUUGAUCUUCUCUCAGGAAGACAUCCAGGCUGUGGCCCAUAAAUUGCACACAGACCUCACAAAAGGCCUAUCGCAACAGGAUGCCAAGUUCAAGCAAGCCAACCAUGGGCCCAAUGAGCUGACCAGUGAAGAGGAGGAGAGUCUUUUCAAGAAAUACCUGAAAGGUUUCAUUGAGCAGCCUUUGAUUCUCCUGUUGUUUGGUUCUGCGGGCGUAUCUCUGCUACUUGGCAAUGUCGAUGAUGCAGUGAGCAUCUUCGUCGCGCUUGUCAUCGUGGUGACGGUAGGUUUUGUGCAAGAGUAUCGGAGUGAGCAAUCUCUUGCGGCCCUUAAUAAACUGGUGCCCCACUACACACACCUCGUCCGUGAUGGCCAACAUGUUCACUGUCUUGCAAACGGACUCGUGCCUGGCGACUUGGUAGAGUUCUCAGUGGGCGAUCGGAUACCAGCAGAUGUACGCAUCACAAAAGCCAAUGCAUUGCAGCUAGACGAGUCUUCCUUGACGGGCGAGAAUGAUCCAUCUUCCAAGGGCGUCGACACAAUCACAUCCAAGGGCAUCAGCGAGAGAACAAACAUUGCCUACAUGGGCACUCUCGUCACGAACGGCAAUGGCACUGGAAUUGUGGUAGGCACAGGCACUGACUCUGAAUUUGGGGCUAUUUGGCAGAGUAUGCAAGGUGUUGAGAAGCCUCGCACUCCACUUCAACAGGCCAUGGACAAGCUUGGCUCUCAGCUGUCCUUUCUCUCGUUUGGCCUCAUUGGCGUCAUUAUCCUGCUUGGUAUCGUGCAAGGACGUAGCUGGUUGGAAAUGUUCACGAUUGGCGUAUCACUCGCGGUCGCCGCUAUUCCGGAAGGCCUGCCCAUCAUUGUGACAGUGACCCUCGCGCUUGGUGUGUUGCGCAUGUCUGAUCGCAGGGCCAUUGUUAGACGACUUCCUAGCGUCGAAACGCUCGGUAGUGUCAAUGUCGUCUGUUCCGACAAGACUGGUACACUGACUACGAACCACAUGACUGUCACGAAGCUUUUCUGUCGCAAAGCACUGAGUCGACCAUUCCCAAAGAGCGAAUUUCAAGAUGCUGAUGUCAAGCGAUUGCUCAAGAUUGGCAAUUUGUGUAAUAAUGCCAAGCACAAAGAGGGCCGUGUUGUGGGUCAAGCCACUGAUGUUGCAUUGCUGGAGCUUCUCGAUGACUUUGGCGAGUCUGACUUGCGCGAGACGACAACACGAGAAGAUGAGAUCCCAUUCACCUCUGAGCACAAAUACAUGGGCGUAACGGUACAAGGGACACAUUACAUUAAGGGUGCAUUCGAGGUCCUCAUCGAAAAGGCCACAACCCUCUAUGAUGGCGAGAAGCUGACUGCCGAACAUCGCCAGCAAUUGGAAGCAACAGCGCACAAAUUUGCCGAACAGGGACUGCGUGUUCUGGCGUUGGCCACGAGUCAAGGCAAAAAUAAGCUUGAGAACUUGUGCAUUGCCGGUCUCGUUGGCUGUCAUGAUCCACCGCGACCUGGUGCCGCCAAGGCCAUUCGACAAUUGAUUGCUGGCGGAGUCAAGGUUGUGAUGAUCACUGGCGAUGCACCCAUCACAGCUCAAGCGAUAGCUCGUGAUUUGGAUAUGCCCCUUGGACGUGAUGGCAUUCUCCUUGGUAGUGAUGUGGAAAAAAUGUCCGCUCAAGCACUAAGUGAGCGACUGAGUGCCGUCAGUGUGUUUGCAAGAACAACGCCGAAGCACAAGCUCAAGAUUAUUAAGGCCUUCCAGACUCGUGGUGAUAUCGUUGCUAUGACUGGAGAUGGCGUCAACGACAGCCCAGCACUCAAGGUGGCCGAUAUUGGUAUUGCAAUGGGUAAAGACGGCACGGAUGUGGCAAAGGAGGCAGCAGACAUGAUCUUGACCGACGAUGACUUCUCUACUCUGCUACAUGCGAUUGAGGAAGGCAAGGGCAUCUUUAGCAAUAUCCAGAACUUCUUGGCCUUUCAGUUGUCUACAUCGCUGGCCGCGUUGACAUUGAUUGCGCUUGCUACACUGCUGGGUUUGGAAAACCCACUCAAUGCCAUGCAGAUUCUGUGGAUCAAUAUUCUCAUGGAUGGGCCGCCGGCACAAAGUCUUGGCGUAGAGGAAGUCGACCCAGCCAUAUUGCAGUCGCCACCACGUCCAAAAGACUCGCCUGUCCUGACACAGCACAUCAUUAAGCGAGUGCUCUUCAGCGGCUUCACCAUUGUUCUUGGUGUUAUGGCAGUCUUUUACAAAGAGUUGAGCGACGAUAAUCGGGUCACCUCACGCGAUACGACGAUGACAUUUACAUGCUUUGUCUUGUUUGACAUGUUCAAUGCCCUGACUUGUCGUUCAGCGACCAAGUCUGUCCUUCAUUUUGGCAUCUUUUCUAAUCGCGUCUUUAAUCUCGCGGUCGGCUGCUCGCUUCUCGGCCAGCUAGCUGUCAUUCACGUUCCUUUCUUGCAGCGCAUCUUUCAGACGGAAGCACUGAGUCUGAUCGACCUCAUGGGUCUAAUCUUGCUGGCGAGUUCUGUGCUGUGGGUAGACGAGACGCGCAAAUACCUUAAGAGACGGGAAGGCUCUAUUACUAAAUACAGCCAGAAUGUUUGAGCAUAGCGAAUGCAUUUUGAUUCAUCUUCCUUGUGCACCUAUAGUGUCGCUCGCGUCCUUCAGCCAAAGGUCAAGCUUCAGAGUUUUGCGACAUUGCCCUAAACUUGAAGCGAGACCAAGUUGCAUCUGAUUCUUGCGUGAUGCUUCCCGCGGCUUCUAUCUUGGCAGA